GAUCUUUUGGAUCAGUUUGUGCCUUCCUUCCUUCCGACGUCGUCGUCGUUCCAUGCCUCUCGUUUAAAAAAGCGACUCCGGUGAAAAGCGUAUUGAUUCGAUCCAGGCAUUGCAACCCAUUGAUUGCCUCCUUCGGGAAAAUGGGGCUAGCUGGUGAGACUCAUGGAAGUGCUCAUGGCCUUUGGACGCCGUAUAAGGCCUUAGCCUCGGUGGUGGAAGAGGCCAUUCUGCGACGAUCGCCCGGAUUGCGCCAUGAUUUGGAGCGCUCUUUACGCCAACAUAAACCCCAUUUCACGGCUCUCCUCAAGAAUCCGAGUCGUAAUCCGGCGGAUGCGGAAUUGGUUCGUAAGGCUCAAAGCGAAGGGAUCGCUUGGCCCCCCGGAUCUAAUUCUGGACGAAUUGAAAGUAUUCCCGCGCAAAUUGUCGAGGAGGCGCUCAUCCUAGCCGAGAUGUUUGACUUGAACGAGAUCUCGGCCUUGCAAUUACUCCUGUUAGGCGAGGAGCAACUAAACCAGUAUCCGGGUCUGACGCGGGGCUUGGUGGCCGUGCUUUUGUACUUUGACGGGCGGAAAGCCUUGGUCCAGUCUUUGCGUACCUUGGUCCAAGGCCGAUCGGGUGUGACCUGGACCUUGGAGCUGACCAAUGAUAUCUCGGAGUUGGUGGUAGAGUACACGGAUGAACUGCUCGAAGGAGGCAUCGUCGAGAACAUUUUGAGUUUGUUACACUCGCUGAACUGGAGCAAGGAAAAUGUCCGCCUGCAAAAGAACAUGGCCUUAGGAAACGCCAAUCAUCGCCGACAGGUCCACGAUCUGUACAUGGAUAUCAAUCAGAGUUUGGCCGAUUGCAUCUUCUGCUUCGCGGCCCAAGGGGGUCUGAGUCAGAAUGACACCACGCGACUCAUUGACUAUUUGUGCAAGGUGAAAAUUGGCGAUGCUGAAGUGAGCGGCGUGAUCGAUAACACGCAUCUGACCUUAUUAAUGGCCCUUCUCUACGCCUUGGAUGUGAGUGUGCUCAACAAGACCGACGAUGGUGAGACAGCCAUCAAAGCCCUGCCAAUUCUCAAGGACAAGAGCUUUAUUCCCAUUGUGCAUCGAGAACUGGGUCCGAAUUCCAGUCGAAAAUGGUCGAACCCGGCCAUUCAAUCGUUGGCUCAGUUUGCUUGGUCCAUGGCCGUGUCCACUUUGAGGUCGGUGCCUAAUCUAUCCACCGCCAUCAUCGACGAUGAUGAAGCCACUAUGGAUGCCGCUCUGGAGAAUCGGUUGUUCCAUCUCCUCCCGGAGGUGAUCCUGACCAAUCCAUUGUUGUUGAAAGAGGAGUUCUAUCAUCGACGCAUGCAUCAAUUAAUCACCGACUUUAUCGUAUUGAUGCCUCUGAAGGUGAAAGAGCUUCGUAAUCGAGCGGAUGACGCUGCCAGAAACUCGUUGAUGCACGAGCAAGAAGGCAUUCACUACAACAUUCCUAAGGCAGGCCAGCAUUUCGAACACAUCCUACUCACCAUCGCCAAAAUGUACGAAAAGGACCCCAUGAAUCUGGGUUUGGCUUUAGAGUACUGGUGCCCCACGGAUGGGGGGAACAACUCUGGUAUGACGGAACGAUAUCCGCAACGACAAGUCUCUCUGUACAAGUUUGUUCGACUGGCCGGAGACCUGUUGAUGCCCACGUUAUACACACCCUACGUCAAAAUGUUGGUCGGACUCUCGAAUCACCCGCAAUCCGCGUUGCAUUGCUUCAACUUGCUCAAGUUGAAUGGUAUGAGUGGUGGGCAGCAGGGAGCGAACACAGUUUCUUGGGACCACUUCUUCUCUUCAAUGCAGCAAUACUUUUCCAAUUUGAGACAAGAGCAAAUGCCCACCUUUUCCGGAGCAACUUCUGAUGUGGUGUACCGGUUAUCUCGGCCAAUGACGCGAGGUAUCUCUCCCGCUGAGAUCAACGGAUUGAUCACCGUUCUUAAGCUUGUGGGGAGUGUGAGUCGGCAAUGUGAGGCCGUCCGAAUUGCUAUGGCAGAAAAUUCGGCUUGGCAACCCUUGCUCGUUCUCAUUGGUCUCCUCGGUUGUGCCGUUCCUUCCCCGCUGAAAGCUGAAAUUAUUCUUACAUUGGCCGCAUUUGCCAAGUCAUCCAGUAUUUCCCGAGUCGUGUGGGAAAACAUUGAGAGCUCCCAAAUUAUCAACACUAUUCCCAAUGUGGCUAAUAACCGGCAAUGCUUGGGCACAGAAUUGGAGGAGGUGGAAUCUAGAAACGAGGAGUAUCCCAUGACCCAAGCCUUCCUUCAUUUGUUGGAUGUGUUGGCUCAUAAUGCCAUACCUGAGAACCUGGGUGCGGGCACUCGAGUCCCUGGACUUGAACCCUAUUUUCGGUUCGUGAGAGAUGCAAUCUUCCUGAAAUUCAAUACCCGAGCUUAUAAGAUUCCGGAAGAAAAAUGGAAAGUGGCUUCUGGGUGCCUGAAGUUCUUCAAGGUUCUAUUGGAGCACUAUGAGCCGUCAAUAAGCGACUUCAAUUUCAAGAUGACCACUCCUCAAAAUCCGGAGCCAAUGAGUCGUCAUGCCGGAUUCGAGCUCAUGGUUCAAUUCUUGCAGAAUUCGCAAACUCUAAGAACUCUUUUGUUCAUACUAGACGAAGGAUGUGCUCACUUUGACAUGUUCAUGCCAUUCAACGGAAAAGUUGAAUUGGAGCAAGCGUGUCUAACCUGUCUCGAGAUUCUAGAAAUCACCAUGGACAAACAGUUCUCAUUUUUGGAAUGUGCCCGGGAAGCAAAUACCUCGAUUCUCUUGUCCCCAGUCGAUCACCUACUGCUCGGAGUGAACCCACGAUCAGGAAAACCAGAUCAUAUGCUGAAUGUAGCCAAGUUUGUAACUUAUUCUUGGUGGCUCCCGGCUCAAACCUACUUCGCCAUAAAAGUACUUACUCACGUGUCAAGCUCAGUGACGGCUCAAGAGAGUCUUCUAUCAACUCUCAAUCACAAUGAAGAGAUGGCCAAGAAUGUGAUCAAGGGGUUCACUGAUGUCCUAGAUAAUGAAGAUUUCAACGCCGUAGAAUCUCACGACGAAGAAACAUUGCAAGAGAAUGGUCGGUACAUUGCUGCUUCUCGAAUUGCCAUUGUCGAGCUGUUAUUAAACGGUUUGUCGCUCCCCGUCCGUGCAUCAUUGAGCCACUUCCUGUUGGGAUUUGAUCUCAAAAAACCCAUCGCCAAGUCCACUCUUCAACCUCCAGGUAUAAUGGGAGCCAUUCGAACUCCGUUCCAUGCUAUUCUGUCUUUACUCCGACCCACUUCAAGCAAAUCGUUCUCUCCCAAUCUGGUGACAUGUCCUCACCUCUGCGAGAAGGCAUUUCAUUUAAUUUACAAGCUCAGUACAGACAAUCAAACCUUUGAACCCACUUUGAGGUAUCUCAGGUCCUCGGAAGAUUUCUUGAGUUGUCAAUUGGCUGUCUUACCAUUGCCCGAGGAGGUCGAAUCGGUUCAAAUUGUGAAGGGGAUGGCGUGGCUUCUGAAAACCCUCGCCAUUGAACUCAAAUUGGUUUGCUCGUCUCGCCUCCGAUCCCAAGUGACGCUGCUCAUUAAUUUAUUAUUGGACGCCAGUUCUCCGAAUGCUCGAGCCACGGGGGAUGAUACGCAGGUGGGCGACCCCGAAUCAACUUUCUCGCAACUAUCCCGCACCACUGUGACCACUAUGGUUUCAUCCAGACCCCAAGCCUCUUCUCGACAACACCGUUUACUUCAAAUUUUGAAUGGCAUCAACUUUGUCGAAGUUCCCAUGAGCACUCCCAACUGGGAAAUAUUUGAUGCCAGCCAAGUCCGAGAUGUGAUCAAGAUGUGCGAGAAAACCUCAUUGAUCGGAGAGAGAUCGAUUGAUGUGCCCAAGAUGCAUCGCAUACUCACCGAAGAAUUGGCCAAUUUGCAAGGCGCCACAGCUUUGAGCCAAAGACAGAUCAUCCAAGAGGAGAUCAAGAGGAUCUUAAUGUAUGUGGUAGACAUGAAUUCAGCCCAGGAGCGGGAAUCUUCAAAGAAAAAUAUUUUGGAUGCUUGGCGCCAAGUGACGGAAGUGAUGCUUUGCUCCGUUCCCGGGGACAUUCUCACGUCCAGUGCCAAGCAACAGUUGUUGCUGGACGUCCUUCAGACUCUGCUGAAUAAGGUCUUGGUGGAUGACACCCUUCCUGAACUUGCCAAUCAAGUCUCUGGAGUGGUUCUGCUUUUACUCGCCUCCCUCAGACAAACUUACUCGUCCUCGAAUUCAAACACCGCUGGAGGCCAGGAGCAAACCGGAAAUAGGGGCGAUAACUUUGUCUCAAUUCUCGAUGCGACCCAAGUAAAUCGGAGUGUCUCCCACCAAACUGCUUCCAAAUCGUCAAUGGUUUACUCGACAGCCCUUUAUGUUAUUUUGAAAGGACUGAUUCUUUGGAUCAACUCGACCAGUGCAUCCGCGCAAAAGGUGAGAUCCAAUUUGUAUGGGGCUCUGCUCAACUACCUUCGAAUUGGCAAGGCAGAUGUGUCCAGCAACGAGAGCUCCGAAUCCAUUGCAUAUCAAAAAUUUCGUAAGGCCAAUCUCGAGAUUAUCCUCGACUUUGGCGAAAACUUCCUCGAUAUUCUUUGCCGAGAUACUGUCAGUGGACACAAUAUCCGACGCAUGUUGGCCGUGAGUGUCUUGGACGAACUCAUCAAGCUGGAUGGUCGUGGUACUUGGACAUUCUACAUGUCCAAUCAGGGUUAUCUCCGUCACAUCAUUGAAUCCUUGUCUAAAGAGGAUGACGAGCUUCUGUCCCUCUUGAAUCCAACCCCUGGAGAUCUCCGACUACUAUACACCUAUGAAUCAAAGAUGGCCAUGCUCAUCCGAUUGGCUUCCACUGUGACGGGAGCAGAGCUUCUGCUCGAAUCUGGGCUCAUGCUUCGUUUAGCCGAGAUGAACGUGUUCUCUGCUAGACCCGAUGUGUCUCCAGCAGUGAUGGAAAUUGAUGACAAUGCUUUCUUUCCCUCACCAUUCAGUCGAUAUCAUCAGAUCCUGUUCCCGGUUCUAACUCUCUGCGAGGCCCUACUCGCUAGCUUGGGCUCGGAUAAUCGCUCAGUCACGGCACAGAUUCUCCAUUUCAUAACGGCCAACGAUGACCUUGUGCGAACGAUUCUUAAAAGCCGUGGCCUCUGGACCAUUGCGCACCUUCGAGAGUUGUCGUUACUCACGGGCCUAAUCUCUCAAUGCGUGGCCCAAAACGAAGCCGAAGAUGCGACUGAUUUGAGCUUGCCCGCCUUUAUCACGUUGAUUCAACGGCUAAUGUUGGGAUUGAUGCCACACUUUGAUCUCACUGAACGUCUCACCUCCGUUCUUCAGAAGAACUUCCACGGGAAACAGUUGGACGAAGCCACCAAACUUGUGCUCGAAAUUUGUUCGCACAUUUUUGGCUUUGCCAAGAACCUCGUGUCCAAAAGUUUAAGUCAAUCUAAGUACUGCCGGAUUCUCUUCACACCUUCACUUUUGGAAGCCAAUGAUUCCCGCCAAUUUGAAGAACAAACGCAACUAAAUAUUCCGACACGCCCUCCUAGUUUGGGACAGGUGGUCCUUAUGGUCAAGCAUUUGUCCACUCACUUGCAUGAUGCAAGUAGCGUUGUUGAGGAUCUUCGCUUGAAAUCGAACACGAUUGCACAUCUCUCCAAUGAAGAGUUGGAUAGGUUCGUCUCCUCGGAUUCGAGCUCAACCAACAAGGUGAUGUCUACCAAUGAGCGACGGUUAUUGGUCUCGUCCAUCAUCAGCUCUUCCAUCACGGAGAAGGAACAUCAAAUCAAAUUGGCUCAAGAAUCGAUUGAAAAAGCCUCGUUGCUGAUUUGGGCACAUUUAGAGCAUUUCAUCUUCUAUGCUAACGCUGAUUCGGAUUCCACGCUCACUCCAUAUCAAAAAGCGUACCGUGUUCAAAUUGAUGAUUUCCAUCCACCCGGAGACAAGGACAAUGAGCUUUCAACUCAGUUCAGCAUAUCGAGAAACUCGCUCCAAAAGUUGAAAGACGAGAUCCGAGUGUGCUUCAAUGACUCCUUUUUCUACCAAAUUGAAGAUGUGAAUAGAAUCAUCGGCAAAUCCAGUCCUGACGUGGCCAGCUUUCUGGAGAUCAUGAUUCGACGAUUGAAGCGCCUCGCCUCUCUCCACACUUGAGUGUAUAAAUUUGAUUUGGUAUACGGUACUCAGUAAUUGCCGUUCAUUUUUUCGACAUUUGCAUUAUUCUGGCAGCCUCGUUUCAAAUAAAAGUCCUUGACUCGG